CAAGCUUAAAGUCAUACUGUUAUAGAUUGUUAAGUCAGGUCGUCCAUAAUGUCUAUGAUGAAUAGAUUAGCUUUAAGAUCAAGCCGUCCAAUUGCUGGAUUGGCUGUCCGUCCAUCUUCAAUUGGUUUACGUUACCUUUCAACUCCAACCCCAACUCCAGUUGAACCAAAGCAAAAGGCUACUUCAAUCAUUGAUGCAUUACCAGGUAAUAAUUAUUUAUCAAAAACUGGUGUAUUAGCUACAAGUGCAGCAGCUGCCAUUUAUGGUAUUUCAAAUGAGUUAAUUGUUUUACAUGAUGAAACCAUCUUAGUUUUAACUUUUGGAGCAUUUGUUACUUUAGCUGCUAAAUUUGUUGCUCCAUUAUAUACUGAAUGGGCUGAUGGAGAAAUUAAAAAAGUUAAUGAUAUAUUAAAUGAAUCUAGAACUAAACAUGUUACAGCUGUUAAAGAUAGAAUUGAAUCUGUUUCUCAAUUAAAAGAUGUUGUAACUGUUACCAAGCAAUUAUUUUCAAUUUCAAAAGAAACUGCUGAAUUAGAAGCUAAAUCAUUUGAAUUAAAGCAACAACUUGCUGUAGCUCAUGAAGCUAAAUCUACCUUAGAUUCAUGGGUUAGAUUUGAACAACAACAAAGACAAUUAGAACAAGAACAAUUAAUUAAAUCUGUCUUAGAUAAAGUUAACAAAGAACUUGAAAAUCCAAAAUUCCAAGAAAGAGUUUUAGCUGAAUCUGUUUCUGAAGUCGAAAAGUUAUUCACUAAGAAUUAACUUUCAAAUGUCAUUUCAUGAAUUUUAUAAAUCUUCACUAUAUUAUUUAAAUAUUAAUUUAUUUACAUUAGAAAAUACAAAAAAUUAUUAUUAUAAUUUUAUUUAUUAAUUAUGAUACUUAUUGGUUAUUAAAUGUGUAGGUUUCCAAAUAUGUAAAGAAUUAUCAUCUGCUACACUUGCAAUUAACCAAUCAUCAUGAUAUGACCAAUCAAAAUCAUUAACCCCUAACAUAUGACCAGCAUGUAAAAAUAUAAGACCUUGAUUUGAAUUAAUAUUUGAAUUACUUAUAUCAAAUAAUCUUACCAGACCAUCAGUUGAUGAAGAUCCAAGAAUAUUAUGAUAUUUUGGAUGCCAUUUAACUUGAGUUAUUGAAUCAGUAUGUUGAUUAUUAAUUUGAAUUAGA